CAGCUGAACACUUGAAAUCCUCUUGUUUCCCACAAUGCUCUGCGAACAUCACCACCAAGAUGGCCGACGCUAUGGAGGAAUAUGAGAAAGAAGCUGGCUGCGUCCCUAUUCUCCAUCCCGAGGAAAUCAAACCCCAGAGUCAUUACAACCACGGCUACAGUGAGAAUGUCAGCCGCAAAAACCAUGUGGAUGACUACAGCACCUGGGAUAUUGUCAAAGCCACACAGUACGGCAUCUUUGAGCGCUGCCGGGAGUUGGUGGAGGCGGGCUUCGAUGUUCGGCAGCCAGACAAAGAAAACGUAACACUCCUCCACUGGGCCGCUAUCAACAACAGGAUAGAUUUGGUCAAGUACUACAUAUCAAAGGGAGCCAUAGUGGACCAACUGGGAGGAGACCUCAACUCCACACCCCUGCACUGGGCCACCAGACAAGGCCAUCUAUCCAUGGUGGUGCAGCUCAUGAAAUACGGCGCAGACCCGUCUUUGAUCGAUGGCGAGGGCUGCAGCUGCGUUCACCUGGCCGCCCAGUUCGGCCACACCUCCAUCGUGGCCUACCUUAUCGCCAAAGGACAGGAUGUGGACAUGAUGGAUCAGAACGGCAUGACUCCUCUGAUGUGGGCGGCUUACAGGACACACAGUGUGGAUCCCACCCGGCUGCUACUGACCUUUAACGUGUCUGUCAACCUGGGCGACAAAUAUCACAAGAACACAGCGCUGCACUGGGCCGUGCUGGCCGGCAACACCACAGUCAUCAGCCUGCUGCUGGACGCCAACUCUAACGUCGACGCACAGAACAUCAAGGGUGAAACACCGCUAGAUCUUGCCAAGCAACGGAAGAACGUUUGGAUGAUCAAUCACUUACAGGAAGCGCGGCAGGCCAAAGGCUACGACAGCCCGUCAUACCUGAAGAGACUGAAGAUGGACAAGUUAAUAAAGGAGUUCAGGCAGAAGGUGAUGCUGGGAACACCCUUCCUGGUCAUCUGGCUCGUUGGUUUUAUCGCUGACCUGGACAUUGACUCCUGGCUGAUCAAGGGCCUCAUGUACGCAGGCGUCUGGAUCACUGUGCAGUUCCUCUCCAAGGCUUUCUUCGACCACUCCAUGCACAGCGCUCUCCCUCUGGGAAUCUAUCUGGCCACCAAGUUCUGGAUGUACGCCACCUGGUUCUACUGGUUCUGGAACGAUCUCCCCUUUGCCACUGUUCAUAUGCCCUUCCUGAUAAACACGCUGGCUCUCUUCUACAACUUUGGCAAAUCCUGGAAGUCUGACCCAGGAAUUAUCAAAGCAUCAGAGGAGCAGAAGAAAAAGACAAUUGUGGAGCUGGCAGAGACGGGCAGCCUGGAUCUGAGCAUAUUCUGCAGCACCUGCUUGAUACGAAAGCCCAUCAGGUCCAAACACUGCGCCGUGUGCAACCGCUGCAUCGCCAAGUUCGACCACCACUGUCCCUGGGUGGGGAACUGUGUCGGAAGUGGGAAUCACCGCUACUUCAUGGGUUAUCUGUUCUUCCUGCUCUGCAUGAUCUGCUGGAUGAUAUAUGGCUGCAUUUCCUACUGGAGGCUCCACUGUGCCACCAGUUACGCCAAGGAUGGUUUCUGGCUCUAUCUGACCCAGAUCGCCUCCUGCUCUCCCUGGAUGUUCUGGAUGUUCCUCAAUAGCAUCUUCCACUUCAUGUGGGUGGCCGUGCUCAUCAUGUGUCAGCUCUACCAGAUCGCUGCUCUGGGAAUCACCACCAAUGAGAGGAUGAACGCUCGGAGAUACAAGCACUUUAAAGUCACAGCCACGUCCAUCGAAAGCCCCUUCAACCAUGGCUGCUUCAGAAACCUGAUAGAUUUCUUUGAGAUCCGCUGCUGCGGUCUGAUCCGGCCCGUGGCCGUGGACUGGACCACGCAGUACACAAUAGAAUACGACCAGACGUCUGGCUCGGGCUACCAGCUGGUGUAGAGGAGGAAGAAGAGGGGGGGGGGUGGUGGAAGUAAGUUUCGGAGUGAUUGCUGUCCCGUCCCCUCAGCCCCCCGUCUCCCACACCCACCCCCCCCGGCGCUCAUAUCGGAGCGAUGCUGUUCUCGGGAGCGCUUGCUUUUUUUCUUUUUUUUUUGGAACAUCUCUCCCUCACCGAUCAAAAAGACUUUGAAAAAAAAUCAGCCAGGACUAGCAUGCUGUAACGGGGCAAGGCCUCUCCCUCCGCCCUCACCACCACCCUUUAUUACUAUUACUACUACUACUAUUCUACAACAUCAGACUGUACCUCCACAUUCCCUACCCUAACCCCACCCCUCCACCUCGUCUCUUCUCCUGAGCCCUUAGGACGGUUGCGUUGCUGCCAGGCACCAACGGAGAGGAGAGAGGCCGACGGACCAGAGGAAUUCCAAAAUAAAAGCUCUUCUGUUUGUACCGGAGAUGUGGCGCUGCGGAGACGGCAGCUCCGUAAAGUGGCAGUAUAGCUCUCUACCCAUCCCACUUUAUAUCCUUAUUUAUGGUGUCCCUGUUGAUGUGCCCUGUGUGUAUCUUUUUUGGUUUUGGAUUGGUUCAGGAACUCUGCUGUUCCUGUGAUAAUGAACUGUGGUGGCCAGGAAGGCUGAAGGAAAGUUGUUGUUUUUUUUAAACCAUGAAUAGAGAUAAGGGAAUGUCUUUUUAAGGUCUUGAUUUUGCACCGUGAUUAUUUCUUGGGAGUCGAGCUGAUGAGGAUUUGCCAAUAGAUAGUUGAACUUAUCAGAGGGAAGUGUGUUAACAGGUGGAGCCGCCGGAGGAGUCCAACUUCUCACCUGCUGAAAUAAAGCCGCAAGACGGAGUUUUAAGAGGAUAUCCAAGUGUUUGUUUGUUUUUGUUUUUUUUACUUAAAGUAAAACCGUUGUUGUGCAGUAGUAACGCAGGAUUAAGUGCACUCCUUCGGCGGCGCCCACUUUAGACGUGACAGAAAAUAUCCUACAGACAAUGUGAUACAAGUAUAUUUAUUUAAAAACUAUUUAUAGACAAAGUUACUAUGUUCUAGCGCCAUCAUUUUAACGUUUCACAUCAUUUUAGCUGAGUAGGUUUUUAUGAGCAACAAGUACCUGUAGCGGUUUGACAUGGAAGCCCGGGAACUUCACCAUAAAACUCUAAAUAGACAGGUACAGCGAGCGUAUUUAUUAACAACAGAGUUGAGUAUAAGAAAAGGAACGCAGCAGGAGGACAGAUGAGUUUACAAGAAAGGUUCAUUCCAUGUUUUUUGGGGUUGUUUUUUUUAACUGUAAAGUCUUACUUGUCUUUUUUGUCUGCCUAUAACAUUGCACUGAUCAUUUGUUUUUAAGUUACUUGUUUUUGGCUGUUACUGAACACACGGGCCCAGCAGCGCCGCUUCCUUUGUUUACAGAGAGGAGGAGGAGGAGGGGCCAAUCAGACAUGGCCAGCUCCCAUCACUUCCUGUCUGGCCCCCCCGCAGGCAGCAGCAGCAGGAUGGACUGAAGUGUAAAGAAUGUGCACCUGUACAUAAACAAUAUCUUUCUCUGUAACUAUUUUCUUUUCUUUCUUUUUUUUGUCAGUGUUAGUUGAAGGUGCUCCUGGAUUAUUUUUUCUUUUUAGUUUGGGGGAUUUCUUCCAACCAGACGGAAAGAAGAAAAUCAAGUGACUAUACUCCAAGUGUAUGACCGUAGCUUUUAGUGAUGUCCGACACUGCUGUCUAUAGGCAUUUUAACCCCUGAAUACCUUAAAUUUCCCCCCCCGCCAAGAAACUCCACUGCAUGUACGAUGCUUGGGACAACUGGGCUCUCGCCGUCGCCCCCCCAACCCCAUAGUCAUCACCAUGGUGACAGCCCGGCAAGCCACGUGUCUGUAUAUAGUGAAUGUUAAGUAUUUGCAAGUACUUUUCUGCAUUGCGUUCAUUUGUCUGUCUUUUCUUUUAUUAUUUUCUUUCUCGCAAAUCCAGUGUGUUUAGUGGAAGUUUUCUUUCAGGUCGCCAGAUUGGCCCACCUGUGCCAGUGUGUAAUAUAUAUGAAUGUUCCAUGCUCGUGGACUCUGUAGUCAUCCUAAAGGUUUUUAUUUUUUAUUUCUAUGUCCUAUAUCGCUGGGUUUGUUAUACCACUGGAUGUACAAAUUGUAAAGCAAAGACACUAGAGAACUAAGGCAGACGCCAAUUUUUUUUUUUUUCUUUUUCUAAAAGCUGAAAUGUGAUCAUGCAAUAGUUUUAAGGAAAGAGGGAGGUUGUAUUACAUUAAGGCCUCUGGAACGUUUGGGCCUCAUGUUUGCAUCAUCAGAAGGGGGCGGUUAUGUCAUCAUAGUCCAUGUUUCACUCCCCCCAUCCUGCAAACCAACCACUGAUGUCAUUUCUGCCCUACAAAGACAACACAAAGCAGCUACUUUUUGUGUGCUUUAAAGGCCAAAGGUUGAUUUCAUAUCAGUACCAGUAACUAACCACUUGUGUUCUAAUCAAUCAUGCCUUUUUAAGGGACAGGAGGUCGAUGCAGGCUGGUGUUUUUGUUUUUCUAGGGCAGGGUUCUGCUCACCCAGGAUUUCAGUCCUCACUAGUUCUUCCAGCAGCCUGAAACGUUUCUGUUCUGUCUCCCUCUCUCACCCCGCCCAUGUGGGAUCAUAAAAUUUAAGUUUAAAAAAAAAAAAAAAAAA